CAUAAAAAUAAAAUCUGUUGUACGUUUAUGUUUAUUUCUUCUAUUUCUCUCUCCCAUCUUCGUCGCCAAGUAGGUCUUCUAUCAUUCAUUCCAAAAUCACCUCCAUUUUGAUUUGAAAAUCCUUCACAAUCUUGGAAACAGAAGGUUAAUUUCGAAACGCGCUUCUUCUCAUUGUGCUCGAGGAAUCCAAGAUCGGGAAUCAAUUGGAUCAAUGGAAGAUCCGUGCUCCGUUAGUAGCCCUAGAAGAAUAUUGAGUGUAUCAAAGAGACGAAGAGCUAGAGACGAGAAAGGUCCUGGGUUUGGAUUAUCGGGAGAACAUGGCCCCAAACCUUCGGAAGUUUAUGGCUUCGUCGGUUCAAUCUCAACCGUCGUUGCUACAGUUAUAUACUUGAUUUGGGCAUAUCUUCCUCACUCUUCCCUUCAUUCCAUUGGAAUCUAUUACUAUCCUAGCAGGUACUGGGCUCUGGCGGUGCCAGUUUUUGUAAUGGUUUCAAUCGCAUUGGCAUUGAUGUUCUACAUUGGUCUCAACUUUUUGUCCACUCCACCCCCAACUUCCUUUCAUAUCAUAUUUGAUGAAUUCAGUAAAGAGCCAUCUAUCUCUGCUUGUUUGGAACAAGAUCAGCCUAUCGAACCGAUAUCCGAUAUUGGUAUCAACAGAAUCAACAAGCUUAUGUUCAAUAAUAAGAAAUGAUAUUGGCAACUCUAAAGGAAAAUCCCGCAGCAUAUGGCUGGGAAAAAAGAAGAAAUCGAUCUUGCUAUGACAACUAUAAAUUACGGAAUUGCUGAUAGCUUCAUGUUAGUUCUUCGAUAGAGAAUAUCUGCAAAGGGGUGCGUAAUGACCGUGUUUGGGAUCUUCCAAACAUUCAUUGAGUAAUGUUGUAGUAGCAAGCCCUAACGGAUUUGAAAUCCUGGUUUCGCCAUCAGAGUGCACCUUUUCGGAUGCUAUGAGGUCAGAAGUUUCCAUUGAUGUCAUGUUUCUUCGGUCGCCUUUUGUUCUUUGAUUCGAGUCAUCUGGGAAACCAGCAUUUCAUGUACUCUUUCUUUCAACUGCAAAUAUUGCAAGUAAUUAGAACAUUCAAUCUUAGAAUAUUUUUACGAACCAAUUCUUGUAAUGUGAAGCACUUUUACAACUUUUGAUACCAUAAA